AUGGAGAUCAAUCCCCUAUAUCCUCGACAAUAUGCAGGUAACUCUAGCCCAUCCAAGAUCAUCAAGAUCGCGACCCUGGCAACCCACAAGGCCCUCGGUGGCAUAGCAUAUGCCAAACGACCCAAGUUCUGGAUGAUGAGUCCGUGGGAGACCGAGCAAAUGGACCUCUACGUCAAUUCCGUCACUCAGCAUUGUUACGACUUCCCGGACGCCAACUUGAUCCUGUCAUGGCACGCCUCCAGUUUCCUAGGAGCUCCCAGAUGCUCCUUCUAUUCUUUUGGGGCUUCCUAG